GUAGCAAAGACGAAAUCAGAUCAGAGACCAGAAGGAGUCUGAGAGAGCAUUAUCCCCCCAGAGACGUAUAUCUAGUGAAAAGAAACCCUACCCAAAGAUUCCUCUUUCAUCCGUGUCUCGGCUAAGGCACUCAACGGACAAUGGCUCAAGACAUGACGGAGAAGGAUUUACUGAAGAUGGAAGUGGAACAGCUAAAGAAAGAAGUCAAAACAGAGAGGGCACCGGUUUCAACAUCUUUAUCAGAAAUUAAAUCUUAUAUUGAAACUCGUAUGCCAGAGGACCAUUUGAUAAAAGGAGUUCCAGACGACAGGAACCCCUUUAAGGAGAAAGGCGGAUGCUCAAUAUCCUGAUGAAGGGCAAAACAAUCUCCAAUCGGAUCCCAACAUUGGACUUUCAUUCGUUGCUUGUAUCUCACUUGAAGCUGUCCUGUUCUAUUCUUAACUAUCAAGAAGAGAGAGCUUAAAAAAUUGUUUCGUUUCAGAUUGAUUGGUUAGGUCUGCUCAGGUUCAUUAUAUAUGUUCAUUAUUAGUGAUGUGUCUCUGAAAAAAAAAAAAGAAUUACCAAAUUUGCUACUGAAUCCUUUAUAAUUUGCAACUGGCUGGAUUUGUUUGAUAAAAGGAGCCUUUCAUACAAA